AUGAUCCAUCAACCGUCCACCCCAUUCCAGAACCUUGUUAUUUUGAAGGUCAAAACCACAUCACAAGAGAAGAACUAUGAUUUCCCCAGCGAAGUCAUUCAAAUCAGCGCCGUCGUUGUCGACGUUAAAAACAAUGCUAUCAGAGAGAACAUGAUGUUCAACGAGUAUGUUAUGCCAGUUAUAAACUCGAAGCUCACUGAAAAUUGUGUCAAGACCACAGGUGUCACGCAAGAGAAUGUUAACAAUGCCAGGAGCUUCCGCAUUGUAAAUGAGAAAUUUUCUAAUUGGCUCGAAUCGAAUCAAUUGGUUGGCGUUAAGUCGGCGUUUGUAAUGGACAGCCGCGUGGAUAUUUGGCAAAGACUUCAAUACCAAUGCGCACUUAUCGGAGUGAGGAUGCCUGCGCGAUUCCGUCAGUGGAUCAACUUGUGGACAGUUUGUUUCAUCGAAGCUGAAUCUAUGCCAGAGGAUAAUACCCGCCUCCUUGCUGAUGCAUUUUGGAUCGAUGUCCCUGAAAGAAGACUCACCGCUCCAGAGGAAUGUUUGAUUCUGGCUAAAGUUGUUCAGAAUUUGUUGGCCCAGAAGUUCCACCUUACAAUCAAUCAAGUUCUGACCUGCUUCUCAGGCGUUCGCGCUCAAGGCUUGCCUAUCGCCGAAGUGUACAACAAGGACUGGAAAUAUGAUUUUAAACUCUCCCCCAAAUUCUAUGAGCUCGUGCUUCCAUUGAUUCCGUGGAACGUAACAAAUUUCGACUUGAACACUUACGGAAUGUGCCCUGGAUGCAACAUGGUCUUCAGUUAUUGCCGCAUGGUGCGAUUUGAGCCAGCUCACUUCCAAUAUCCGGCAUGGCUGUACAGAAACAGAGAGGAUAUCAUCCUGUUCGCGAAGCAGGCCCACUUUUAUUAA